GCGAUCGAGAGAGAGAGAGGAAAAAAAAUGCAAGCUCCCCAAAAUAAAGAGCAAAGAUUGCAUUGAGCAGCGAGCAGCAGUGCAGAAAUAGAUGGUGGCAGUUUCGUGUCAGUGAGUUUGCUUUGCCCCUUCCUGGUCCACGAGCUGGAGAGAGUCGAAGGGAAUUGCAUUGACUACAAGUGGAGAAGUCCCCCCUGUUUGCCUGCACUGUACAUGUUGGGUGCAUCUCUCCAUUCUCACCCUCUCUCUCCCUCUCUAUUUUUUUUCCUCCUCCCCUCUCUUUCUCUCCUGCAUUGAUUUUUUUUUUCUUUUUAAAGUGUGACUGAAACAAACCAAAACAAAAAGGGACAUUGGAUCUAUUCUGGUGGCUUCUUCUUCUUCUUCUUCUUCUUCUUUUUUUUUUUUUUGGUCUUUUUUAUGAUCAGAAACAAAACCCCACAACAAACAAACAAACACAAAACAAAAAGAAAGGGUCUGGCUCAGCAACAGCAUGGAUGUGUUGGCUAGUUAUAGUAUAUUCCAAGAACUACAGCUUGUCCACGACACCGGCUACUUCUCAGCUUUGCCAUCCUUGGAGGAGAACUGGCAGCAGACAUGCCUCGAGUUGGAACGUUAUCUUCAGACAGAGCCAAGGAAGAUCUCAGAGAGCUUUGGUGAGGAUUUGGACUGUUUUCUUCAUGCUGCCUCCGUUCCAGACACAGAGGACAGUAUCCGACGGCUGGACCCCAUUCUGUUACCUGUGGAGACGAGUACACGUGACAAAAGCACCAACAUGGACAUUAUUCUUUCACGGGACAAACUGCUGUCUGAGACGUGCCUCAGCCUGCAGCCCACCAGCUCUUCCAUAGAGGGCUACACCGCCGUCAACCAGGCCCAACUCAACGCAGUGACCUCAUUAACACCCCCUUCCUCUCCUGAGCUCAGCCGCCAUUUGGUAAAAACCUCACAAACGCUCUCAGCAGUGGAUGGCACAGUAACAUUAAAACUGGUGGCAAAGAAGGCUUCGCUGAGUUCAGUGAAGGUGGGAGUGGCAACAGCAACAGCAGGCACAGUAAAGAGUGGGCAGAGCGACAGUGAACAAGGAGGGGCAGGGGGUGAGGCAUCCCCAGAAAAUAAGAAGAGGGUUCAUCGCUGUCAGUUUAAUGGGUGCCGGAAGGUUUAUACAAAGAGCUCCCAUUUAAAGGCUCACCAGAGGACUCACACAGAGGGUGAUGGAGAAAUAUUUCCCCUGAAGAUGGUCUUCACACAUAGCAAAGGUGAGAAACCAUACAAGUGCUCAUGGGAAGGGUGCGAGUGGCGUUUUGCACGAAGCGAUGAGCUCACGAGGCACUACAGGAAACACACAGGUGCAAAACCCUUUAAAUGCAACCAUUGUGACAGGUGUUUCUCCAGGUCUGAUCACCUUGCCCUCCACAUGAAGAGACACAUCUAAGUAUUUAAAACAGUCAGCAUUACAUAAAUGCUGUCUGAGCUAAGUCACAGAGUAAAGGUGGAACUCAGCUAUAACCCGCUGCCUUGCAGGAGAAGAGAACUUAAUCACAUAUAAUCCUCUGUACCCAGACCACGUGCUCACACUGUCAUGCACCCAACUAUACUUAAAUACUACAUCUGUUCUUUAUGCCUUGCCCCAGCUGAAUGGGAGAAGAUGCAGGAAAGGAAAUGGGGUAGAGGUGAUGAUGUCAGUAAGGCAGAACAAUUGCUUACAGUGCUUCUGUCACACUUGGAUUUGUUUCCUGAUGUUGCCAGUGGAAAAUCAAAGAAAACAAAGAAGGCUUCCCUGCAGGUGGACAGCAGUAAGAGGGGCUUAUUUAACUUGCUUCUCAGUGCAACUACAUAGGAAAACACGUUGUCUUGAAGUUGCAUAUUUGUAGCACUAACUUUUCUUUUUAAAUAGAUGGGGGGAAAAUAAUGACCUAGAAAACCAAAUCCCAGUUUGGUAGCCAAAAUUAACCUCUUGGUUCAUUUGUUCUUUGUCUGAGAAUUCCUAACGUUCAAUGUGUCCAGCUUUUCACAGACACUUUGAUCUGUCUUGGUUUUGGUUCUUCUUCCUAGAACUGAGCUAUUAAGAUCCUUUUAAGUCCAUACCAAUAGCCUUAAUGGCAGUAGACUGUGGAGUGACACCUGUGACAUGUACAUCCUCUUUUUGGCCUGAGUUUAUGUAGACUACAUGGAGGACUGCAUUUUUGUUUGUUGUUUUUGUUUUGAUUUUUUUUGGCUACUGUACACCAUAUGCACUAGGGACUCUGGAAGCUGCUGACAUGACUGCAUAGUGGCCAAGGAAAAGUCCCUGCGAAACACCAUGUAAUACCGCCAUAGGCAUCGUCUUAUUGCCAUACUAGGACUUCUUGUUUGUCUAAUGAAAACUUGAAAAGCUUAUUUGGAAGCUUAAGCAUUUUAUCUUUUCUCCAUGAACAACUGAUCUUCAGAACUCCUUUUCUUCACAAGGAUAACUGUCUUGGACUGGCCACUCAGGCAUGACUACAGGUUUCCUUCAGCACCACGUGAGCAUGUUAGCCACAACCCACAGUGAUUGAUUGACAAAUUGUGUUGCUUGUUCUUGCUGUUCUAUUAACCAGUUGAAAACAUUGACUUUUAUUUGUGUAAAGACCACCUGAAAAUAGUUUUUAAAGAGACAACCUAACGUUUUGGUUGAGUAUCAUUAAAAAAAAAAACAACCCAAAAAUACUACUUCAGUCCCCAAGAGGGAAAGGGAAAACAGCUUCCAAGUAAAGUGGCUUCAUUCACCAUAAUCUUUUAGAGAAAAUUUCAAAGUCCUCCUUUCCCAUUCAUCAAGGUGACUCUAUGGCCCACUCCUAUAAAAAAAAUGUAAGAAUAAAUGAAGGGUCAGCUUUGGUACACAACACUGAGUUUUUAUCCAAAUGAUUAGUCUAAAGUAACCCAUGAGGCGGAUAGGAACUACCAUCAAGGAUCAAUGGAGACCUCACACACUCACCCUUGAAUCCUGUACAUUUUUUUACCUCCUUGGCUCAAGUGGAUUAAAUCCUUCAUUUAAAAAGAACAACAAAAAGUAGUAUAUUAACAUAAGUUGCAUUUGUAGCUAUUUGGUACUGGCCCCGACUCCAAAGACUGCCGUUAGGACCAUAUGAAAUGGCCUAUGCAAGCAGGUGGGGUGGUUAUUAGGACAGGUUGUAUAUUUUGUAUAUUCUGGGACCAUCCCUGCAAGGUGCGUCUAGAAAUGAAACAAAAUGGCAUGUGGUCCACAAAUGGCUGCUGUUCUUUUAUACUGUACUAGCCAACUGCCCUCAUGACUGUUUUGACUCACUGACUGUUAAAAUGCAUCCCUAAUUUAUGUUUUGGGAUGUAGAACUGAACUAUUAAAACAAAUCUAUCCAUGUAAAAUGUAAGAGCAGUCACCAGGAUCCUUGGUACUUGAGUUCUCAGUCUUUUUUGCAACCUUUGGCUCCAGUGAGAGAUUGAAUCUUCUCAAAAGAUGCUGUUUUUUUCCUCACAGUUUGCAUACACACUGUGAUUGUCAAUUGAACGUUGGGUGGGUGGGGGCAUGGGGAUGGAAUAUGAUGUCUGGCCCAUAUGGCAUGGAAUAUGGACCAAAAUCUAACCAUCUUUUGAAGGCAAUGACAUAACAUUAGUAACAAAAACAGGAGAGAGAGAGAAACCAAGUUUUAUUCCAAAGAUUUAAAACUAACUAUACUCUAUGUAUUAAAAUACAACUGGAGCACUGCUUGCAGACAAUCUCCUAGUUCUCUACUUCUAUAAUUGCAUAUUUUUAAUGGCCAUUCCAUUAGGCUUUUCAACUGAGUUUUGAGGGCCCUAACAUUCAACUUGCAUUAGAAUAUGUGGAUUAUUUUACCAGAAUGUCUAGUGGAAGUAUGAGGACACUGGAACCUCACCUGCGUGAAAUUGUAAACUAUCCAGUCAGUGCAUUAGAUAAAAAAUAGAAAACUGCAGAGUUUCAUUACUGUAGCAUCCAACAGUAUGUGAUCACAUACCCACCAUUACAAUAUUCAUUGGCUAUGAAUCUGCAUAAGUGUCCUCUUCUAAGCUCUAAGUGCACCCGCCUUUACAAAUGCUAUUAAUAGCCUACAAGACUUAAUAUUUAAGUGACAAUUUAAGUGCAAGACUAUUUAAAAAAGAAAAAAUAUUAAGAGACAAUAUUUAUUUACUUCCUAUUGUCAUUUGUAGUCUUGUUGACAUCUCAUUUAAAUAUGGUAGAACAAGGGCCCCUUUGAUGUCCAUAGACAUUUCUGAAAUAUGUGGUAAAUUUUUUGCUUCUAGAGAUAGGCCUAAAUCAAAAUCUUGGAUCCAGACAACAAAACUAUGGGAAAAGGGAUGAGAAGGUGAACCAGAAUUUGGAUUUCUCAGUUAUACACAGGGCCUAAUGGGCCUCUAGCUUUGAAAUUUUGUAUUUCAGGACCAUUUCUGCUAUGUUUAAUGGGAAAAAAAUAUAAACUGGGUAUUUUGUGUCUCAGAUCAGUGCACUUGGUCAGUCACUUGUUGUAUAUUGUUAUAGGAUCAUGGAUAAACAAGCAUUGUGGGUAAAAAUUGUAAAAAGUGAGCUGCGCCUUCAUUUUUGAGCGCCCAGUUUGAGACACAACGGGCUUGUCUACACGUUGCCGUGCUUUAGUACUUCCUUUUGGAAGUACUAAAGCACGGCACAGUAUGGAUGGUUACUGUGCUGUGUGCAUGGCGCACAGGUAGAUUUUGCCACUACAUUGCCAUAGCGCAAUAUACCCAGGGAGUGUAUUGCUAUGGUGACAUAGCUGGCAAUCACAUGUGAUUGCUACAUCAUCAUAGCACACCGUACAGUUACGUAGCAUGCCUCUAUGUUCCCAUAGGGCAACGUGUAGACACACUCUGUAUGUACAACUGUUUUUCAUAGUAACACUGUACUAAACAUUAGGUCCCUUUUAAGGUGUUUCAAACUGAGUGCUUGAAAUUUGAGGUGUUCAGAAUAAGUAGUCAUUUUUUUUAAAUCUUGCCCAUGUCUUUAUGCUGCAGCUAUUUUCACUUCAUCUGACUGCAGGUCCUGAAGAUGGGGGAAAAGUUAGUUCUUUCUAUAAGGCUGCUUUAGAAUCAGAAGCUUAAUGGGUGCUUUAGGUUUAGUAAGAGGUGUCAUUGUUGAGAAUCCAGUUAUCUAGCAACAACAUAAGAGAGCCUUAAUGAAAAAAAGCUUUACUCUCUUUCCCUUCAUGUUGAAUUCAUGUCCCCUACAGAACAGAAGCCAUCAUUCAAGGGCCAAAUAUAGCUUCCAAGGUCACGAGAAAAAUAGUAUUGUAUGAAAACAGUGAAACAAAGGAUACAGAAAAGAUGGGGGGGAGGGGAGUGAGAGACCUACAAAUCAGCAGAGCAGCAGUACAGAAGAGGAAUAUUUGAUUUGCUAUGAAUGUACGCAUAAUGUCUGGAGAAGAGCAAUCGGACACACUUCAUAUAUUAGGACACAGACCCCUUAAAGAGGUAUGGCUUUGAAAAGUGACUAUUGGCAAUAUCUGACUAUGAGACUCAGUAGUUUUCCUUUCAAUGACUCUGCCUCAGUUUUGCCCAAUUUUGGAGUAGCAACAUGUUUUCUGCUAACUCAGCCUGCGAUCUUACAUACAAGUGGGGCUCUUUCUCCCUUACACAUCACCAUUUUAGUGUAAGGCAAGCAAAUGCAUAGUUUCCCUCUUACUUUACCAAGCAGGAGGUACAAGUCUGGAGUGUCACAUUUUGGUCACUUCUCAAAGUAUUUAAAAGCAGGGCCACAGUUCAGUGGGAUUUUCAUUUUUUUAAAAUAAAAACAAAUAAUACAAAAAGCCUGCAUAUAUACAUAUUCUAUAUAUAUAUCUAGAUCUAUAACUAGAUCUAGAUCUAGAUAUAUAUAUAGAAUAUAUAUAUAGACUAUGUAUAUCUAUAACUAAAUAUAGAUAUAUAGAAUAUCUACCUAUCUAUAGAAUAUGUAUAUAUACAGGCUUUUUGGAGUAUUUGUUUUUAUUCAAAUAUAUAUCUGGGCAGUUCUAGCAAUUAGAGUGAAAAACCUAUCCAAAAUAUUCAAAUCUGUUAUUACAUCAAAUUUACUUUACUCUCAUGGUCAUCAUUCAGCCUGCCAAAUCAAAAAAAAAUUUCAUAGUCUCUGUCAAAGAGUUACAAGACCUUUUCUAUUAUUUUCUAUUAAAUUCUAUAGAUAAAAUCUGGGUUCCAUUGCAUUCAUUAUCAAAACUCUCCCAAACAUUGCUGGGGCCCAGAGUUCACCCUGGGGUUCUGCUUCUUUGCUAUAUUGCUGUAGCAUUGUAGCACAUAGGAUCAGACCUGUAGGUUUUCUUACAGGACUCUAUUAGAUCCAUAUUUUUUAAAGUCUAUAGAAUUUUUCCACAAGGAAAAGCAUCUUUGAAAGUAGGACAGUUAGGACAGUAGAACCCCCACUGUGAACCUGUUCACAGGCAUAGCUGUCCCAGAAGGCCUGUUGCUGUCUCUCAAGUUCCUGCCAAACAUGCAGGAAUCAAAUGACUUUAGAUCUAAACCAAUUUACAUCUCUGUGAAUAUGCAUACUAACAUAUAUUUUUUUCCCCAUGAGCAUCAGGCUUCUUGGAAUCUGAUGAGACUUUUCUUUAGACAAAUGUUUAGUGAAUACCCUGAAAUCACUGACCAUAUCACAUGGGACAGGAGUCAGAAUAUAAGAGGGGGACUUCCUUGCUUUUAGGGCUCUGUUAAAAACAACUAAUUCAUGUGUCAUCCAGCAUAGAAGUGAAACAACUGAUGAGUAUGGUGGCUAGAGUGACCAAGUGCAUCUUAUCUGUGACUUGAUCAUUAUUGGAAAACUCAUGAGGCUUUGUCUCUUAUGACUUUCUGAACCUGGGCAUUUGGGAUUCUUUAGCUGUUUCUAAUACUGUUUUAUCUGUUAGGGUCUUUGCUUAUCUACAGACUGAAAAGAUCGUAGCUGGUGCUUGCAGUAUACAAGAAAUAAUUACAUAAUUGUUUUGCCCCCUCUCUCCUAUUUUACGUGUCAGCAUAUAAAAAACAUUUAAAAAAAGGAAAAGAAUUGUAAAUAAUUUACUUCUGUAAGGCCAACAGCCAGUGGCUCAAGGGCUUUUACUUUUGAUUUUAUUUCUGCUCAACACAUCUUGGCAUCCCUAUCCAAUAGGAUUUUAUUGUUUAAGCUUUCAUACUUGUGGGUGAAACCUCUAAUCCAACACCCCCUUCAAGUUCAUUUAGCUGAUUUCAGGUAGGUAAAAAAUUUAGGAAAAAAUACUCAAAAAUUACUCCAUUUAUAUGUGGAUUGAAAACCACCACCAACAAAAAGCCCUCUUCCUCAGAUUGUCCAGCCAUUGAUUGACAAGUCUUGCUGUCUCUUACUAGCAUUAUAUCUAGUCCCUCAGAUGGGCAAUUUCAAGGUCAAUCUCAUGUGGAUUUCUUCUAAGUGUUGCACUCUCAUGUAUUUGUAUUAAUAACACAGGGACAUAUUCUACAAUUGCAUUCAGCCAUAUUGGCAAGCUUUGGCUUUAGUGGCAGGUGUUGCCUAAGGAUUGCAGGAUUUAGCCCAUAGACUCCAAGAUCUCUUUUAAAAAGGCAGAGCUUUCCUCCCUUCUUAGAGAAAGGAGUUAAAAUAUGUAUAUUAUAUGUAUAGUUAUAUAUUUAUAUAUAUUAUAUAUAUAUAAAUUAUAUAUACAUAUAAUCUUGGACGAAUGUGGAAUGGGAAGGAAAGGUUGCCUCUGCCACCUCAAGAAUAGAUCUAGCCAACUGAAAACAUUCAGAAGCAGCUGUUGUUUUCAAACAGGGUUUUUUCUUAAUUUUCCUGAAAGCUUAUUAAAUGGCAAUUUUUAGUGUAAAAAUUAUAGACGGUAUUCACAAUUUUCCAAAUGAAAGCUUUGAUUUUUUUUUAAAGUGCUUUGAUUCUGAUUUCUGUAUACAACCAGAAAACAGGUUCUACACCAUAUCUCUGUGUGGGUAUGGAGGUACAGCAAUAUACAGCAUAUACCCACACAGAAAUAGAAAAUGAGCUACUGACUUUCAUCAUAGUAGCCAAUGGUGCCUAUUGCCUUUGGUUUGGGGGAGGGUGUUUACAGUUGCCACUGCAUUUUAGAAAUAGUAUUGGCUUACAUAGGAAAGUUUUCAGCUGUGUUGGAAAAUAUAUGUUGCUGUGUACUGUGAAUAAAUAGGCUGCAAACUAGAAGGGGGGGAAGCGGGUUUAUAAAGUACCCACCAAGAGUGAAAAAGAACGGAGGGAGGGAGAGGGAUAGAGAGGGGUGUCCAUUUUAGCCUUUAUCUUUGGGCUCUUGGGGAAAAUAAAAUCAACAGUCCCUGAAAGGCCUGCUGGCUGAAGGGCUGACCAUUGCUUGUAUUUUAAAGCAUGUAUUUUGCCCAUCUCUCCUGUAUUUUGGAACCCAAGCCCAUCAGACCCCGAAAGUCAAUUUGAAACACUGGUUCAAACACUAUUUUGUUAUCAAGGCCUUGUCUCUACCAGAGAAGUUUCACUGGUUCUCUUAUGCCAAUCUAGUUAAACACAUUAGCUUAUAUCAGUUUGGUUUUCAUUGACAACCUUUCCAACUCAGCUAAAUUAACAUCAGAAAUGGGAAAGCCAGAAUCUAAUAUAACACCUAUAUUAAUUAGUUUGCACCAGUUUAACUAACUUGACUUAAAAUCAGUCCCAAUAAAUCACAAUAACUUCUCUCAUAUAAACAAGGCCUUAGCUUUUCUGCUCAUUUAGCAGGGAAAAAUAUUAAAACCAAGAUCUUUUAUUCUUUGCAUAGUAAAAUUUAUUUUCCACCCCCAGUUUUAAGCCCUUUCUUGCUCUCCACUUAAUAGGAAUUUCCUUUUGAAAAUGUUCUCCAUGGGCAGAGGGGUAGGGAAGGAAAAACAAACAGCAUUGCUUGAAGGACUUUCAUUUUGCACUAUUUUUUUCUUUUGCCAGAUGUGUCUAACAAGUGCAUUGGAGAUGCCCUCAGUCACAUCCUCUCAGGCCUAGUCUGGUAUUUCUAAUAUAUCACAGAAGUACCCAAUCUUGUAGCCCUCAGUUCUGCCUUUUUUUGACAUUUUAUUUUUUUUAAGCUUUUUAUAUAUAUAUAAAUAUAUAUAAAUAUAUUACUUUGUCAGUUUUUUUGCUGUAAAAAAGUCUUAAGAUUUAAAAAAUAUUAUUUGUAUUAUAUGAUGGUGGUAUGUUAAUGUUACAAAAUUAUUAAUGAAGAAAAAAAUUUAUUUUUGUUACUGGUCUGUUUCAUAAUUCUUUUUUAAAUUGGUAUAUUGUAAGAUAUCUAUGCAAAAAAGUUAUGUGACGCAUUUUUAUUUAAGAAUGUAAUGUGUAAUAAACAGUAGAAUGUGUUUGGCCUGAAAA